AUGUCCUCAACUUACGUCCACUACGGAACCCCCAGCUCUCUCCCCUCCGACUACGCCGUCCUCGCGCAAUAUGCGGCUGCCCGAUCGAAUGCCAACCAAGAGCCUGACGAAGAUAACGAUCAUGAUAAUGAAACUGGAGAAACGCAGACCCUUCUAGCGCAACAAUCGAGGCGUACCUCCUUUCCUGGAGGUUACCUAAGGCCUCCGAAGAUGAGUUUAGGCAGUGCUCCUGAAGGCAUCCUCCCAAACGCUGUCAACGAAACCAGCCCUCUCAUCCCGAGGAUCCCCGAGGAGGUCGAUGAAGCGGAGGUUAAUGUGUCGCAACCUGUUCCUGUGCAUGCGCUCGCAGAAGAGAUCAAAAUCCUCGCAAAAUAUACACUUCCAGUCUUUGGCACACAUGCCCUAGAGUACAGCCUGGUCAUCGCCAGUGUUGUGUCCAUUGGUCAUCUGUCUACCACAGCUCUCGCUGCCUCCACCCUGGGCAGCAUGACUGCCUCUGUUACCGGCCUUUCAAUCAUCCAGGGCUUCACAAGUACCCUCGACACCAUGCUCCCUGGUGCGUGGACAGGACGGCAACCAAACUUGGUUGGUCUUUGGAGUCAGCGCAUGGCUGUGGUUAUGGCAGCCACCUUGAUCCCUAUUUUGGUUAUCUGGUUCAAUGCGGAGUCUAUUUUGCUAGCUUUGAAGCAGGAUUCGGACGUGGCGCGCUUGGCCGCCCUCUACUUGAAAUACCUAUCGUUGGGACUACCCGCAUACGCAUUCAAUUGUAUUUCAAGGCGAUAUUUCCAAUCUCAAGGGUUGUUUGCCGUACCGACGCGCAUUAUCAUCGUGGUAGCGCCAAUCAAUGCGCUGCUUAACUGGCUUCUGGUUUGGGGCCCCAAGCCCGUUCGCCUGGGAUUCAUAGGCGCCCCAAUUGCGAGCGCGAUCUCGUUCAACCUGAUCUCUCUCGCCUCCAUCAUAUAUGGCGCCUUCUUCGUCCCUCACACGGCGUGGCAUCCCCUUUCCAUGCGAAUGUUCGCUAAUCUAGGCAUCUUGGUCCAGUUGGGCCUCGCCGGCGUAGGCCAGGUCGCGAGCGAGUGGUGGAGCUGGGAGCUUGUUGGGCGUGAGUUCCUUGGCCCAAGUGUCCUUGCCACGCAAAGCGUACUACUUGUUUCGGCUUCUUCGACGUAUCAGAUUCCCUUCUCGCUGAGCGUGGCGACUUCAGUCCGUAUCGGGAACCUCUUGGGAGAACAAAAUGGAAAGCGUGCGAGUGUGGUUGCGAAGGCUGCGCUCAUUCUAUCGCUCAUAUUUGGCGCAUUCAAUAGCGCGCUAUUCAUGGUAUUCAGGCGCAACUGGGGCCGCUUGUUCAAUGACGACCUGGAGGUGAUCACGAUGGUCGCGUCUAUCUUGCCCCUUGUGGCGCUCUUCCAGGUUUUCGAUGGUCUGAGUGCAGUCACCGCCGGCAUCCUCCGGGCACAAGGAAAGCAGUUCACUGGAGCGAUGCUCAACUUGAGUGCUUAUUACAUCAUCGGUAUACCGUUUGGCAUAUGGCUGUCAUUCCGCAAAGACAUGGGUCUUGAAGGUUUGUGGAUCGGGUUAACAGUAUCGUUAAUAUAUGCCUCUGUGUUCGGGGUUUGGCUCUGUCUGAGGACGGAUUGGGCGAAGGAGGUACAAAAGGUACAAAAGAGAGUCGAGGAGGACCACAAACAUGGACAAGAGCACGCGGCUGGUGUUCAUGCGCAUGUAUGA